ACUUCGCAAUAUCUUCGAAAAUUGUGCAUUGAUUGUCCAGUGCCUUUGCCAUCUGCCGAAGUUAACGCAUUGUUCGACAUUUGCUUUCCCAAUGUCAUCCAUCUGGAUCUUGGCUCUUUGAAGGAAAUGAAUACCACAUUGUUGAAAAAGUUAUCAAAUUGCUUCCCCAAUGUUGAAACUUUGCACAUGGAGAAAAUAGAACGAAGUUCAAAGUGUGAUGAUAAUGCACAGGAAUGGGGAAAAACGUUGAAAAUGUUAUUUGAGGAUGAAAGCAUUUUUCCGAAGGUGAAAAAUUUCUUUGUUGGUAAUGUAAUUGCAUAUAGUCCGGAAAGUGAUCCAAAAUUGCCGGCUUGCAAUCGUACGCUGAAUUUACUACAUAUUUACGACGGGAUGGGUGAAAUUGAGUAA